CGGAAGCUUUGCUUCGGUUGACUGCACUGCACUGCACCUGCUGCCUGCUGCCGAGUUCAGUUGGUCCAGGGCCAUGGCCAUGUCCUCGUCGCGCGCCCUCCUCCGCCGGAUCGGGGGGGCUCUCCGCCGCCGCUCCUUCUCCGACGCCGCGGCCGGCCCCGACUCCGCCGCCGUAGGGUACCACGUCGCGGGCGGGCCCAGCUACAUGCGCGGCGCCGUGUUCUGGGAGCCCGGGCGCCCGCUCACGCUGGAGGAGUUCCACAUGCCGCGACCCAAGGCCGGCGAGCUCCUCAUCAAGACCAAAGCCUGCGGGGUGUGCCACUCCGACCUCCACGUCCUGAAAGGCGAGCUCCCUUUCUCCAGCCCCUGCGUCGUGGGCCACGAGAUCACCGGCGAGGUCGUCGACCAUGGCACGCACACCCCCGCGGAGAUCAUCAGCAGGUUCCCAGUAGGAAGCCACGUCGUCGGCGCGUUCAUAAUGCCAUGUGGGAACUGCUUCUACUGCGUUAAGGGCCAAGAGGACCUGUGCGAGUCCUUCUUCGCGUACAACCGCGCCAAAGGGACGCUCUACGACGGCGAGACGCGGCUGUUCCUACGGGGCAACGGGAAGCCGGUGUACAUGUACAGCAUGGGAGGCCUUGCGGAGUACUGCGUGGUGCCAGCCAACGCGCUGGCGGUCCUCCCCGCCUCGCUGCCGUACACGGAGUCGGCGAUCCUGGGGUGCGCGGUGUUCACCGCGUACGGCGCCCUGAGGCACGCCGCCGAGAUGCGGGCGGGCGACUCGGUGGCCGUGAUCGGAGUCGGAGGGGUCGGAUCGAGCUGUCUGCAGAUAGCAAAGGCCUUUGGAGCUUCCGAGGUCAUCGCGGUGGACGUUCUCGACGAGAAGCUCCGGAACGCCACAACGCUCGGCGCGACGCACACUGUGAACGCGGCGAAAGAGGACGCCGUUGAGAGGAUAAAGGAGAUCACUGGCGGUAGGGGUGUCGACGUGGCUGUCGAGGCGCUCGGUAAGGCGCUCACGUUUUCCCAGUGCGCCAGGAGCGUGCGCGACGGAGGCAAGGCGGUGAUGAUCGGGCUCGCGGCGACGAAUGUGGUGGGGGAGGUCGACAUAACCCGCCUCGUCCGGCGACAGGUGAAGAUCAUCGGCUCGUACGGCGCGAGGGCCAGGCAGGACCUUCCGCAGAUAGUGAAGCUGGCGGAGAGCGGCGCCUUCAGCCUCCGGAACACCGUAUCGAGGAAGUGCAGGUUCGAGGAGGCGAACGGCGCCUACGAGGACCUCGACCAGGGCAAGAUCGUCGGCCGAGCUGUGGUCGAGAUCAUGGAGUGAAUGGGUGACGACGAUGGGCGUGGGCGAGGUGAUCAGUCAUGUGGCGUGGUUCCAGGCCCCUGGGCCAGACGAUACCAAUAAAUAAAAGCGCGCAGAUUUCUCGCUUGGCUUUCGCCGUGUCUCCUAAACGUUUGUCAAAUCGUCAAGAGUCAUGAACCCUGUUCGUCCACAGCAUGGGCCUUUAUCCUGAGUCCUGACUGACCAAACAAACAAAGCUGCAGCAAAGCCAUAUGCACCCUGACUUCGGCCCAUGAGUCAUGAACCCUUGGGUUCGCCCGUGUUGUUUCUGGUUUAUAAUGAAAAUUUAUUACUGUCGC